AUGGCAACAGUAGGAAACUUUCGCUAUACUACAUCGCCAUUGAUCAUUAUUCUCGGUGCUACAGCGGUUGGAAAAACGAAAUUAUCCGUGUAUUUAUCCAAACGUUUCAAUGGAGAAAUCGUCAACGCUGAUUCUAUGCAAAUUUACGAUGGACUAGAUAUUGCGACUGCAAAACCUACUUUAGAAGAACGUGAUAAUGUUCCACAUCAUUUGUUCAGCUAUAUAAAUCCUCUUGACAGGUCACAUACUGUAAUCGAUUAUAGAAAUGAUGCUUUGCCUGUGAUUGAUUCAAUCCUAUCUCGAUCUCAUCUACCAUUCAUCGUUGGUGGUACUAAUUACUACAUUGAAUCAUUACUCUUUCAUCUCAAUCCACCGGAUCCCGUCGAACCCGUCCAAAAUGAACAGUUACCUUCGUUAGCAGAAGAUUUAUCGGAUGAAAAUCUCUCGAAAUUAACUUCUGUUCAGUUACAUGAACUGUUGUCAAAAAUUGACAAACCAACAAGUGUACGAAAACAUCCGAAUGAAGAACGUAAAAUUCGAAGAGCAAUUGAAUUCUAUCGUGACUCAGGUGGUAUUCCAUUGAGUGAAGCAUUGAAGAAACAACAUGCUGAAAGUGGAUUUUCAUAUCGUGGUUCAUUUCGAUUUCAUCGUUGCUGUCUUCUUUGGUUAACCUGUCAAAAAGAUGAACUGGAAAGACGAAUCAAUGAGCGAGUCAAGUCGAUGCUUGAUCGUGGUCUUAUUCGCGAAUUAGAACAAUUCCACGAAGAGUACAAUCGGACAUGUGCAGAAGCUGAUGAAUCAUUUGAUUACACUCGAGGAGUAUUUCAAGCGAUUGGCUUUAAAGAAUUUCAUGAUUAUUUACUUCUCUCGGAAAGUGAGCGUAAAAGCGAACAUGGCAAAAAAGUCUUUGCUAACGGCAUCGAACGUUUGAAGGUGUCGACAAGACAGUACUCGAAAUAUCAAGAAAAAUGGCUUCGAAUGCGUUUACUUCAGCGUGUUGAAGAACAUUCACCGGAUGUCUAUGAACUUGACACGACUGAUUUAACAUGCUGGGAGGAAAAUGUUGAACAGCGAGCAGAAGCAAUUAUUGAAGCAUUUUUGAAAAAUGAAACGAUUCCAUUCCCUGCUCUUCCAAAAACACCGAUUGAAGAACCAGUUUAUGAACAAAAUACGUGUACAACAUGCGAUCGAGUAUUUCAUCUGAAGUCUCAAUGGCUUCUUCAUUUGAAAAGCAAACAACAUAAACGAGUAGUUCGGUCUACUGAACGUAAAACGUUCCGUCGAAAAUUAGACAAUGCGAUACCAUCUUUAUUGACUACACUUGAUACUUUGCAAGCGAGAAAAAUAUCUGAGAAUGAGAAAGAAAGCGAUAGUUCCGAAAAAGAUGAAGAAUCAGAAAGCUAA